GACCCAUUCAAUAUACCGCAUGCACGUAUUAUAAACACGCAUCACAAAAAUUACUGCCACACACUUCACAUCCUUAAGUUUUCAGAUAACCAAUCUGUGAUUUUUAAGACCAUACUUUUGGCUAAAUCAAAGUGAAAAUGACAGGAAAUUUGCAACCAGUCACACAUGUUAUUUUUGACAUGGACGGAUUACUCUUAGAUACGGAGAUUCUUUAUACCAAAAUAACCCAAAUGAUUGCGGACAGAUUUGGAAAGACAUACACUUGGGAACUAAAGCAGUCAUUGAUGGGAUUUAGUGGCCCAGAUGCUGCGAUUAAACUGAUUGAAGGGAUGGGCCUUCCUCUUUCACCUGAUGAGUACAUCAAGGAAUCACACAUCUUGUACAAUGAGUACUUUCCGAAGUCAAAUUUAAUGCCAGGGGCGGACCGAUUGAUUCGACACUUGCAUAAACACAAAAUCCCCAUUGGAGUCGCCACUAGUAGCGGAAAAGAGCCGAUGGCUUUAAAAACCCAGAGGCACACUGAGCUUUUCCAACUCUUUGAUCCGAUUGUGUGUGGAUCAAGCGACCCCGAAGUCACGAAAGGAAAGCCGGACCCCUGCAUCUUUCUGGUGACCGCCUCAAGAUUCCAGCCAGCAGCAAAUCCAGAGAAGUGCCUGGUGUUUGAAGAUGCGCCCAACGGGGUGACAGCUGGCGUGGCUGCUGGAAUGCAGGUUGUGAUGGUUCCUGACCCUAGGGUCUCGCCUGAACUCAGGGAAGGAGCAGCUUUGGUCCUGGAGUCGUUGGAGCACUUCAAACCUGAACUCUUUGGACUCCCUCCUUUCUCUGAUUAGGAUGUACAACCAUGGCUACCAAGACUUUCGCUAGCUCGCCAGACGAAUUCCAUCUCUUUGUCGCGGAUUCUGCGAGCUCUGUCUUGAUGGUCAAGUCGAGCGAAAAACAGCCCGUCGAAUCCCAUUUGCGCCAAAAUUGACGCCGUCUCUCGAGCGUGUCCAAAUGGGUCGAUUUGCCAUCCAAUUUUGGGCUUAGCGCAAGAGAGGCCAUCAAACAUUUGGUCAAUCGUUCUAAAAAAGUGUACCGUAAAAUUGAAUUCGUGUCUCUUCAAACGUUUCGCACCCAAAGCCCAAAGUAAAUUGGUCGAUAAUGGAGUGAUAAUGAGUAACAGCCUCAUCGUGCAUGCUCCACGCUCCGCUGAUCAAUUCAAGUUGGCCUUUUUCAAUUAGGGUGCGCAUUUUAGCCCUUCUCUCAUCGUUCUGGAUGUCCCACCACUGUUUCAGGAACGCCGUUUCGACAUAAAUAAAACUGUUCAAGGGGUUCAGAAAUGAAUAAUUUGCACUGAACAACGAAACGAUUAUUAUCUCAAGUACCGCCUAUCAGGGUGUUUCGAGAGUUCAUCUACUACUGAAUCAAUUAUAAUCUGGACCGCAGCCUUUUGAAUGUCGGGUCUUUGGCCGUAGAAGUAUUGGUCCACAGUUUUGAGCCAACCAACAUCGUCGUGCGUGUGGGGAAUUAGAUGAACAUUUGUGUAGCCCUCUUUUGUUGGGUGACAAACCUGCAAUUGUAAUUUUAUUCUUUCCUGAGCUGCUAGUUUUUCUGGGAGAGUGCAAUAGAACAAUUAAGAAAUUGAGAGAAAUAAAAAAUAAAUCGAGAGAUAAUCAUCCUUGAAUAUCGCAGGCUAUUCAUGGUAAUUUUAGUAGUUUAUUUUAUAAAACUUUUAUUUAAAAAUACACUCAAUUUAUAUAAGAAAUUGAAUUGUCGAAAUUGCCACGAGGGAAAUUCUUAGAGAAAAAUAUAAUUUUGCUGCAAUUAUUUUUUCCCAUCACAAUUCUACUAUUUUAAGCUAUAUUCGAUGAUUUAAAUUUAAGUUUUUUUGUUUGAUCAGGGACUUGAAAUACGCCUAGCGUAACCCUAUUAUUCAAUCUGGAGAAAUUCAUGAGUGAUUUCAUCAAAGGCUUAAUUUACAAAUUUAAUAAGUCACGUUAUAGACAUUCCCAUCGCUUUCACUAAGAAUAUAAAUACAAAAUGAAUAAAAUAUGUGAAUUAUUACAGAAAAAGAAAUAUAUUGCGUCAGACUACUGUACAAGUCAUUUUAAAAUGUCUACUGAUCUAAAUGCGUACCUCACAUGAUGCUUUAUAGCUGGUUUCGAUGGGAUUUGCCCGCACCAAAUAAACACUCAGCAAAAAUAAUGAGGUAGUUGCGGACGUCCUCAUCGUAGUGCUGUUGCACUCACUCAGUUAGAUUUGCUGACUGCUUUGGCAACACUUAACAUUAAUAUACAAAGUGCCUCUUUUAUCAAAAACUUCUUGGAGUUGAUAAACCCAUUAAACCCAAAGCUGUUGUUGAUGCACUCAGUUUAGAAUAUUUUAGUUUAUCAGUUUUCAGAGGGCGUACGUUCAAAUACAAACAAUAAUAUUCUGUAUAAUUAGAAACGCUGAUUGUGGAUUCCUAAAGAAAAUGGAAUCGCCAUAACAACAUGCUGAUAUGAGAAGUAUUGUGGAAGAGGCAACACAUGUGUGAUGUGUGCUCUUAUCAAAUGUUAUUGAUUAUGUUCUAACACUUGCGGAUAAUCGUCAAUCCUUGCAGAGUAAUUCAACAAUAAUUCUAACCAAGAAAGUUUUUAUUAUUUUUUUACUAUCAGAAUUUUUGCUCUAGUAGGUUUAAAAAAACUAAAAAGUUGGUAUAUUUAUUUUAAAAAUGAUGAAUCUUUUAUUUUUAACGUAUUUAGUAUUUUACUAUGAAUGGGUACGGUCUUCAGUACUUGACAGCAUCCUGAAUGUCCUGGCGUUUAUGAGUGCCAUCACAAAAAGGUCGGUUUUCAGUCUGCUUGCAAUUGCAUAGGUAGUACUCCUUGGUAUCAGCAACCAUGAAGAUCACUGGCUUCAUUGUUAUCUUAAAACGAAAAUCUUUGUGCGUCCCGUCACAGAAUGGCUGCGAAAAGAAACAUUUGUUUUUCAAUCAAACAUUUUAAGGCUCUGAUGGUUGAAAUAAACACCAAAUUAUGAACCAAUU